CCACGAAUUUCAAGAGAGAAAGCAAAGCGACAUGCAGCCGCCGUUCCUCUGCCAAAGAGAAAUUUUGCCGUCCCUGAAAGUCAGGUGAAAGAGGUCGUCCUCCCUGGCACUCUACCAGCACCUAAUAAUGAUAGUUCCGCUGAACGUCACCUGUCCCAAGCAUCCACCAGUAAACGUCGCAUCACAUUCCUCCCUCCCCCCGCUUCUGCACCCCAACCCUACUCCAGAUCUCAUCGGAAAAGACAAAAUCGUAAGGGCCGUCAAUCACUUUUGGGUGGAACACUCAAUCCUCUCGUUUCCGCCCUCUCUGAAUCAUUAGGCGAACCGACCCCGUCUCAACCUCCCAAACGCACAUUGGCUGUGAGAGCGGAAGAACGUCAGAAGGCAGAAGCGAAGAAGAAAGAGAGUAGCAAGAUUGGUCAAGGAAAGACAAAACCUCUCAGUGAAAAAGCGAGAAGAAAACAAAUUGAGAGUGAAGGACUGCGAGCUAGAAUUGUAGCGCAAUUGCCUGGCUUCCGAGCACAACCAUGGGCAGUCAUCCGGCAAUACGCAGGAGAGGUCAUCGCGCAGAAGGAGAAGCCUUAGAAGGCGCAGUGCAAUAGUCACAAUUCGAUGCAGCAGCCGGAUGAAAGAACAUGAUCCGGCCGAGAAACAUGUGAAAUGGAUAUUGAAAGGGGAGGGGUGGAAACAUGCCAAUGACGAUACAAGUAC